UUGCCAUAUUAAACAUGCGCGUUGGCAUUUAGGCAAAAUGUGCACAAAAGUUCAUGUCCAAAUCAACAAAUUUGUCCUUUUAAAGGACCCUCACGAGUGUGAGGAUUACCAGGGAUUACCAGAGAUUACAAAGUCUGUGUACACCUGAUUACCACAGUUGGGCACCCUCGGGUCGUUGAGUCCCAUUCGAGGGUAAAAUUACCCUUAAGUUCUUUACGGUACAUGGACAGGAUCCUUACGUUCGGACUGCUUUCAAAUACGACAGUCAGGAGUAAGCAGAUCCUGACUCCCCUGCUUAGAACUGCAUGUUGCUGACUGCGCUGUCGUCAACAGUGCCGUGCGCACCGCUCUGCUGCUGUGAAGGGGGAUGAAAGUCGCACGCACUUCCUCCUUGAUAUAUUCAUGGAGGGUCAUUAAGAAUUUAAAGAUGAAGCCCCACCGCUCCUCACUAGUUCCACGCAGCCAGCAAACGCACGCAAUACGCUAUGCCAACUGGUUCACUUCAAACGACAGUAAGAAGGCCACGCGAAGUUCACAUUUCGUGACGCGCCCGGCGUACAGGGCUGGGCCUGAGGCGCUGAGACUCGAGACUAAACAUUGAAACACAACGUCAUGGUUUACGCGCGAGGUGGACUAGCUGAACACCUCCAGUCCUGGCAAAAUCACCUGUGUUCUACUAGAGGACGAAACCUUACGCUGCUAUUCCUGCAAGUCAUGCGAGAGAACUGGAUAAAUCUGGUGCUCUAUCCGAUGUACAUGGGUACCACCAUUCUAGAUAUUAUCAUGGCUGAAAAUACUGAAGCAACGCGGCUACCAAUCCGAGCUGUCAUCGGAAGUUACUCGGGAUUCGUCUCCUUCGGAAUCUUCGUUAAAAGAAGGCACAUAGCUCAGGAGGCCCUUAAGCGAGCUGCUGAAGUUGCCGACACGGUGGAGAGGGAGGCUGCAUCCUCCAACCAGGAGAAAUUACAAGGUGAGGCUCGGACUGCUAUCUUCAGGACGCGCUGUCUCGUCAUCUACAGCAUCUCGGCACAAGUGGGAGUAUUUUUGACGCUGCUGAGCUAUCCUUCGGGCACGGCUCACUGGAUUGCAACGGUUGCAGGGAUAGCUGGUCGUUUGUACGUAUAUAUGAGUAUAUCUGUGAUCUUAAGGUGGCCCAAAACGAUGGUCGAUCUCUCAAGUGAUUUACACGGCGGGGGUGGGGGGGACAUAACAAAUGAAGAGGAAAAGAACCUUUGCAGUUCAAUUUUUCUCUAA